CACAAACGCUCCGUCACCUGCCUGAAGGUCGGCGCCACCGCGACAGCAUCAUGGACCAACAGCGCCGGCCAGAGCUGCACGUACACCGGCGUGGUGGGCAGUAACUACGGCGAGAACAGUGCGGGAGGCGACUACUCGUGCAACGGCCGCUGCGGCGCCGGAUGCACCGGCACCGCCAUCGGCAACGUCUACACGCAGGACUGCUGGUCGCAUGACAUCUGCAGUUACUUCAACAAUGCGUCGGGUGGGGCGAGUGACCCCAACUGCGGCGCGGCGUACGAGGCGGCCGAGGACGAUUUCCUGUUGGGUUAUGUGGAUGGGUGCUCGCAGACGAACCCGACGAAUGCGGUGGUCAAGCCGGCUGUCUCGCCGGUUUGU